AACCACCCGAUUCACAGUCGCGGGAAUCGAUCCAGGCUCCGUGUCGUUGUCGUCGUCGUCCUCGUCCUCCUCCCGCUCCGCCGACUGUGAGGGUCGCGAUGGCGCAGGGCAACCUGAAGCUGAAGGCGAAGGCGCGUGCAGCCACGGGCAAGAAGCAGAAGUCGGCGCAGCCCGCAAAGGCCAAAAGUCCCAAGAAGGGAGGUCGUGUCAUUGCCCCGAAGAAAGCUAAAGUUGUGGAGUCCCAAAAGCUGAAGAAGCGUCUGGAGGUGGCCAUACGAGGCCGCAUCGAGGAGGAGCUGAGCGUCAAGGCAAGCGCCAGAAAAUCAAGAGGGAAGGCAGUGGCCACUAAGGCCUCGCAGGGCGGUCAGAGCCAAGCCAAGCCAGGCAAGUCGGCCCCUAAGCGAGGCAGACCGGCAGCAAAGACUAAAUCUGCUUAGAAGUAAACGUGGCGGAUUUCCUGAUGGUGCCCCAUUAGUGGUUGAGUUGAUGUUUUUUGUUUUUAUUGCUGUUGUGACGUAGGUGUUUAUUAUCUUCGAAUGACAGUCACUAACACUGAAGUAUAAAAGUUGCUCUGUGGUCCAACUCAAAUCCGUCCAUAUAUCUUCACGUGUGUGUCGUCAGAAUUGCUGCCAGUAAAAGCAUUACCUUGUUGCAAGUUUACAACAAAAAUACACGUGAUGAUCACUGGCACGUUUAAUUUUUUUAUGGUCCAUUUUAUAUAAUGCACAAUUGUAUUGAGGGCUCAUGUCUUUUACAUUGUCUUCGUUCGCAAGCAUCCACAUCACAGGCCACACUGAGCCAAUGGCAGGAAUUGAAAAUGAACAUCUGAAUGCAGAAUUAGUAGUGGCAUCUACAUAACUGCUGCCAAAUGGGAAAAGUGUGGCAUAAAUCCGGACCUAAAACUGUCCUUGGUACACUUUGUGUUUGUGCACGCCAAGCAAGUGAACAGCCAGCGGUGGGGAAAAAUCAGCUUUGGCGUUGUGAUAGGAUAGUGGACUAGAACGUUGUCUGGAUUACUUGCAAGCAAACAUCGAUGAGUCUUAAGGCGAGAUUUAUUUUCAAGAGAGUGCCGAACGUGAUAAGCCAUUUAUGUUUUGGGAGUGUUUUGGCACGUGGCUGAAAAUUGGAGUGCCUAGAGAAAACUGGUGCGUACUAGAGGAGAACACACAAGUCAACACGGGUAAUUUGUUAGAAGCCUACUGCCUGUACUGAUGGCAUAACCUUGUUGCCCAGUUUGUGGGUGCUCAUGCAAGUGACGGGUUAUCACAUAUCAUUUGAGCUCUAUUGGAGAGUGUGUACGUACGUAUGUUUACAUUUCUCAAGUUAAAGGAUCGAUUCAAUUUGUGUUGAAUGCGCAUGAAUGUGUAAAACACACGGUGAACAAAAAGGGAAAUGCUUUAUGCAUGCCAGCUUAGAUCAGUGUCGAGCAUCGGGGUGUUGACCAGCACUUUGUGUUGAAACGCCCCAGUUGCAUUUUCCUUGUUGAUUAUUCAGUGUGCCUACCGUGUGCCACCCUCGACCUAACUGAAGCAGCAUGUGCCCACCCGCCACAGUCUGCAGGCUUGUAACUGUUAACCUUUUUGUUUAUCGUUUCAAACUGGUGUUUUUUUUCUUGAUGGGUUCAUUUCAUAUUGUCAAGCGCUCAGUCAGAUGUGCGCCUGCCUCGCUAACUGGAGAAAAAUCCGUGAUGUGUUUAGGAAACAAGGUUCUUCCUUUCUCUAUACUGCACUCAUUUGGCUUGGUGACAGUUUCCAAAAUGGCCCCCCACUCUUAUUAUCAUACGAGGCGCUCCAUUGAUCCAUGUGAGGUGAUGGUUAACGGUGACGGUAAAAUACAGCAAGCAUCAACGUGCAUUUUGUUUGGAAACCCAGUUGUUAUAGCAGUUUUUAUUUUGAAUUAUAUAAUAUCAAACUCGCACCGCUUUUGAACGCCACAUCUAAUCAAAACGCUUUAGAGCAGUGCAACACAGGUUGUGAAAAUGGGUAGAAACGUUUGUGGCAAUUUUUUUACUAUUAUUGAAUAGGAUGAGGGGUUACUACUUCAAGGUUUAGGUUGAGGAAGAAUGAAUAUUCUGAUUACUGGACAACUGGUAGAACAGGUGAAGACAUUCAGUUACUUGGGAGCAUAUCUCAUGGAAAAUGGAUGUGUGCGAUUAAGGUCAAGGAUUGAUAUGGUGAAUCAGGUAAUUGGCAAGAAAGAAAGAGUUGGCAAGAACAAUCCGUGAAACUAAAAAAGGAAGAUAGUUGAGAUGAAGGUGCGGAGCGCUUCUUUGCCUGGAGCGGAAAUGUGAAGACUGAGAAAGGAUGGAAUAAGGUGGAGAAGGAUCUAGAGCCAGUGGUGGGCAACCUACGACCUGUGGAGCCCCUCGUGGUGGCCUGAUCCAAGUGUGUCUCGGGUGAUGUAUGACGGCAUGAUGAGUGGACAAGCAAGUUUUGAAGCUUGUGGCCCACUGAUGUGAAGGAGGGCCGCUCGUGUGUCCCACUGACUCAUCUGAGUUGCUCAUCAGUGAUGUCGAGAGAGCGAGAGCUGGAAAGAGAAGACCAACGAAGACAUCUUUAAUGGCAUCAACAAAAUAAUGAUAAUGGAAGUCAUCAGAAGGAUGGAGAAGAACUGGAUAGGACACAUUCUACAAGAGGAUGCUUUGAUAAAUGAUAUUGUACAGGGAAGAAUGGAUGGGAAAAUAAUGAGAGGCUGAGGAUUGGGAUGUUGUAAAAGCCGAAGGAAGGGUCUUGUGGAAAUAAAGAGGGCAGAGAAUAGGAUGGAGAUUAUUGCAUCUAAGGAGCUGCCGUUAAGGCAGGGCACCAAAGAAAAAGAUUGAGAGGGAUGAUGAGUUUCUGCAGUAUUAAAAAUUACACAGAAGUCAGUUGUAAUAGUGAAUCGUAAUCAGAGUGCAAAGUUAGGUGUUCAUUUAAAGGAGGUCUUAAGUUGGGGUGGGGGGGGAGCUGGCAACGCUGAUGAGGACAAUUACAGGCAGGGAUGCAGAGGAGGAGUAACCCUGCCUCCCACCCUUUGAGUGAAGUUGGACAGAUGGCAUUAGGAGAUGGUUACUGGAAAAAUGGGGGAUGAGGAGGAUCGUGUAAUGAGAAGCGGGGGAGAUGAAUCCAUAAAGGAUAUUGGAAAUAUUAUUUUGCAGGCAAUACUUAGAUGGACAGGGAGCCAGUGGGUGGAUUUCUGGAUUGGAGGUGACUUGCUCAGUGUGAAGUCUGGCUGCCAUUUUCUAGAUUGCCUGUAGUGUAACAGUGCAUAUUCUGCAGAAGCCAAGACAAGAUAUGGACAAUAGAGGGGAUCGAAAGAUUUCAGUAACGAUACGUUGAGCAUCGAUAGACCAAACCUAAAUGCUGGGUUGCUUACAAAUCUGCUUUAUCAAGUUUGGUACACGUGAUGUCAGCUGUUUAAACAAUACAGCUGAUUUAGUAACGUAACAAGAGUUAAUAAGAUCAGAUACUGGAGGUUGAAACUGCCUCGUUAGUUGCGUUGAGAAAGUAUUGAAGUGAAAUAAAGUCAGCCUUAUAAGAUACCAAAGUGUUCAAUAAACCCAGGAAAUGUUUCGCCCACAUUCAGAAAUUGUCGCAAAUGCAGGACGAAUACAACAUUGCUCAAAAACCAUAUACGUUAAACAAAACAUUGCAAGCAUUCGAUAAUGUUUACCUAUGAAAGGCUCGUUUAGUCUCAAGACUUUCAGAAUGGUGCUGUUUGAGAUGUUUAGCUAAUAUAUUUUUGAGUAUUUUUGUUGGAGGAAUGGGAGUAUGGAGAAAAACCUACACGUACUCGAAGAACACUUGAAUUCCAAAUUUGGGUUUUUGUCAUCAAAACUACAUUUUCAGUUUAACUCUUGAAAUUUUACAUGAUUUUUAGGUUUUAGAUUGUGUUUUUUAAUUUGUGUACUGUAGUUGAUAUUUACGCUUUGCUAACUUAGUUUGAGUUAUUAAAAUAAGCUUAAUGAAAA